GGCCGGGACAGGCGGCGCCGCGGCCCGCUUCGCGGAGCGGGCGCGGCUGGCGAGGCCGGCCUUCCAGAGUGCUCACCGUAGCAGAGGCCGGGAAGCCCGGCUCGGGGCUGAGGACCUCCGCCUUUGCGCCGCGUCCGGUGUGCUGAGCAGUGAGCCGCGAGGUAUCCCCAUGGCGUGGACCGGUGUGCAGGCACUAGGAGAGGACGUGGCCGGGUCGGGCCUCCAGCGAGGCGGGGACCGGCCCGGGCGCCCGCACCUCUGCGCAGUGCGCCACUCAUUCUGCCGGCACCCGCGGCCCUGCACUCCGGUAGACUUUAUGGCGCUUAGUCGCGCGGAGCCUUUUGGAGAACGCUGUCCGGGGGUUCCUGUCACUCCGAGGACCUAGGCUGCGUGCAGCUCCUGUUCCGAACCCUGCCAGGACAUCCACAAUAGUGUUGGGCUCCGCGCUUCCCAGGCGAGGUGUCAAGCUAGGGAUGCGGUCCAUUCCCAUUGCCACUGCUUGCACCAUUUACCAUAAGUUCUUUUGCGAGACCAACCUGGACGCCUAUGACCCUUACCUGAUUGCCAUGUCUUCAAUUUACUUGGCUGGCAAAGUGGAAGAGCAGCACCUGCGGACUCGUGACAUCAUCAAUGUGUCCAACAGGUACUUUAACCCAGGCGGUGAGCCCCUGGAACUGGACUCCCGCUUCUGGGAGCUCCGGGACAGCAUCGUGCAGUGUGAGCUUCUCAUGCUGAGAGUUCUGCGCUUCCAGGUCUCCUUCCAGCAUCCACACAAGUACCUGCUCCACUAUCUGGUUUCCCUGAAGAACUGGCUGAACCGCCACAGCUGGCAGCGGACCCCCGUUGCCGUCACUGCCUGGGCCCUGCUGCGGGACAGCUACCACGGGGGGCUGUGCCUCCGCUUCCAGGCCCAGCACAUCGCCGUGGCGGUGCUCUACCUGGCCCUGCAGGUCUACGGAGUUGAGGUGCCCGCCGAGGUCGAGGCUGAGAAGCCGUGGUGGCAGGUGUUUAGUGACGACCUUACCAAGCCAAUCAUUGAUAAUAUCGUGUCUGAUCUCAUUCAGAUUUAUACCAUGGACACAGAGAUCCCCUAAGGUCCUGGCCCAGGCCUGCCCAAAGAGAAGCCCAGGAUGGUCGGCUGCCUGGGGACAUUGCCACCACGUCGCCAUGACGGCUGGUCCCCAGAGGACCAGCUGAGAGGACUGGUUGUGCUGCUGGAGAAGGGCUGGAGAAGGCGAUGGCUUGCUGCCACUUUGACAGUCCCUAGCAGUCGCGGUCCAGGUGAUGAUGGGAGCCGCGCCUCCAGCGGGCAGGCCGGGAGUGCACUGUGUGCAGCUGACCCAAGGCAGCCACAUCUGCUUUUGUCCUUUGAGAGGACUCUGACUACAAUAGCGGCAUGACAUCAAUGAAAGGAAAAUCAUGAAAUCGAUGAGACUGAAUCCCUAGGGAUUUUUUAAAAGCCAGAUUUAUAGUGAGAAUGUAUGUGCAACGUGGCUGAAAUCUAUUUAGUGUAAUAAAAAGGUGAUGCAAGUCAA